AUGAAGGCCUGGAAGUUUCAAAGGGGCCUGAAAAAGGAGAUUUGCAAGCAUACAACCAUUUGGAAAAUGCAGGACUUUAUUACUCUAGUUGAUAAAGCCACCGUAGUAGAGGAGAGUUUGCAGAAGGACCUUGAGGUUGAGGCUUCGAAGAAGAGGCGAGUGCCUCCCAGUUCAUCUUCUGGUUUAAGGCAGUGUAACUGGAAGAAGAACAACAGUGGUGUUUCUCAAAGUACCACAUCGACUCCGGUUUGUCCUACGAGUGGUAGACCUCACUCGGGGAAGUGUUUGAAGGGUUCCGAAGCUUGUUUUCGGUGUGGUUGGAUGGGACAUCAAAAGAAAGAUUGUCGCAUGCCGAUGAACAAUGGAGCUUCAAAACAGUUAUAUGGAGGAGGUGCUCAGGCGCCGUGGGGUGGUCAGCAAGGGGGGACAGCCCAGGCUAGGGUGUACUCCUUAACUCCUGGCGACGCAGAGAAUGCGAGAGAUGUCAUCACAGGUACCAUAUGCAUGCUUUCCAAUAAAGAUGUUAUACUAUUCAACUCGGGGGCAAUGCAUUCCUUUAUCUCCCGAGGAUUUGUUAAACUGUGUGGAAUUGAGACUCAACAGUUAGAUUAUGAACUGGUAGUGACUACACCUUCAAGGAGAGAAGUGGUGUUUGGACCUUCGGGGAAGCAGGAAUACAAGUUCGUUGGGUCGUGCGUGCGUUAUGUGUCACAGAUCCUCUCAACUUUGCAGGUUAGUAGAUUACUUUUGGAAGGAUUCCAAGGGUAUCCGGUGUUUGUGAAAGAAACGCCGGUAGGGGAACGUGAACUGGAGGAGAUUCCUGUGGUGUGCGAGUUCCCAGAUGUGUUCCCAAAGGACUUGUCAGAAUUACCUUUAGAUCGUGAGGUGGAUUUUGGUAUAGAGUUGGUUCUUGGUACGACGCCAAUAUCGAAAGCUCUAUAUCGUAUGACUCCAGCAGAAUUAAGGGAGUUAAAGGAACAGCUACAGGAGCUUCUUAAAAAGGGGUGUAUUUGA